UUGAGUUAUAACUUAUAACUUAUAAUUUAUCAUUUAUUUUGUUUAUUAUUUCAAAGAAACAUUCGUUAUUUUAAUUUUUUCGUCAAUAAUUUAAAUCGUAAUAGGCAUGUAUUAUUAAGUUUAUCUCGUGUCGCGUCGAAAGCGCAAACGUUUUUACUGAUGUAAGUAACUCACUAGCUACUUAGUCUACGAAAUUUCGUUACGUUGACCAUUAUGUUUUCGCUGUGCAAACAAACCCGUAUACCAACUUGCGUAGAGCAUGCAAUUUAUUGUUAUUUCUUUAACCGUGUGGAAAAAUGUCUGGUGGUAGCCGGAGUCAACAUUCUACGGGUCUAUCGACUGGUACCGACGGAUACAACAUGUCAGCCACCCAAAACCAAAUUUGAAUGUCUAGCCCAAUACACGUUAUUUGGCAAUAUCAUGUGUCUGCAGUCGGUAACAUUAUGUCCAAGUUCACCAGACGCCUUAUUACUUAGCUUCUCUGAGGCCAAGUUCAGUUUAGUUGAGUAUGAUCGUGACACACACAGUCUACGUACAUUAUCGUUACAUUAUUUCGAAGACGAUAAAUUUAAAAAUGGCCAUACUCAACAUUGGAGUCCACCAUUGAUCAGAGUUGAUCCAGAUGGUCGCUGUGUAGUUGGCUUAGUCUAUGGAAGUUAUUUUGUUGUUCUACCAUUUGGCCGUACAAUCGAUGACAAUGCUAAAGGCGCUCAAGUUAUGCCUAGUUAUACUAUACCAAUAUCUACAAUAGAUCCCAAAAUGAAUAACAUUAUGGAUUUUGAUUUCUUACAUGGAUAUUAUGAGCCAACUUUACUUAUUCUCUAUGAGCCAGUUAAAACUUUUGCUGGACGUAUAGCAGUAAGGAAAGAUACAUGUGCAAUGGUGGCUAUUUCACUAAACAUUCAACAGCAUGUCCAUCCAGUAAUUUGGUCUUUGGAUUCACUUCCAUAUGAUUGUCAAAAAGUAAUUGCUGUAUCUCGUCCGAUAGGCGGUGUUCUGAUAAUGGCUGUUAAUUCACUAAUCUACCUCAAUCAAAGUGUACCUCCAUUUGGUGUUGCUCUAAAUUCCAUAGCUAAAACUUUAACAAACUUUCCUUUAGGACAGCAAGAAGACAUUAAUCUUGUUUUGGAUCGUGCUACAUCCACAUUUAUAUCAAGUGAUAAGCUUGUGACAUCAUUAUGUAACGGUGACCUCUAUGUGAUCACACUGUAUGCUGAUAGUAUGCGUGCAGUAAGAAGUUUUCAUUUUGAAAAAUGUGCUUCUAGUGUUCUAACUACAUGUAUAACUGUAUGUUUAGACUCAUAUCUGUUUCUUGGGUCCAGACUAGGAAAUUCAUUACUUUUGAGGUAUUAUGCUCGGUCUCAGAGCAAUGAUGAUGAACCUAGCAUUAAACGUAAAAAAACCGAUGAAACUGAUGAAGAUCUCAUUGAAUUAGAAGUAUAUGGUAGUGAAGUACAGACAUCAAUUUGCUUAGAAAGUUAUAGUUUUGAAGUAUGUGAUAGUAUUAUAAAUAUCGGACCAUGCAGUCAAGCAUCUUUAGGAGAGCCAGCAUAUAUUUCGGAUGAACUUAGUAGCGAUGAACAUGAUGUAGAAUUAUUAUGUACAUCUGGUCAUGGCAAAAAUGGAGCACUAAGUGUACUUCAUCGUUCCAUUAAACCUCAAUUAGUCACUACUUUUCAUUUAGAUGGUUAUAAAGAUAUGUGGACUGUUCAUGGUGAAAAUGAUUUCCACUCAUUUAUGAUAUUAACAAACUUAGAUUCAACUUUAAUUCUUCAAACUGGACAAGAAAUCAAUGAAUUGGAUUCUUCAGGCUAUGCUACACGUGAGCAUACAGUUUUUGUAUGUAACAUGAAUAAAUUUGUUUUACAAGUCUUAAGGUAUUCUGUAAGAUUGCUUAAUGGUUCUGAACAAUUGCAAAGUGUGUCCUUGGAUUUCGGUUCUCCAAUAAUACAUGGAUCUAGUUGUAAUCCCUAUGCUGUCUUGUUGACUGAAGAUGGACAAAUAAUAGUGCUAACUGUAAAAUCAACAGGAAGGAUUUUACUCAUGCGACCUACAAACUUUGAACAAUUACCACAGACAAAAACUCUGGCUGUGUACCGUGACGUAAGUGGCUUAUUUUCAACUACAAUGCCUCAAGCCGAGAUCCCUUUAACAGGUCCAAAAUUAAAGCACGAAAAUUUUGUCAGUGAUUAUGUAGAAGAUGAAGAAGAGAUGUUGUAUGGCGAUACAAGAGAUCCUUCCUCUAGAGAAACAUCUCAUAAUUCAGUUUCUAAUAAAAACACUAUGUGGUGGUUAAAGUUUUUAGAACAACCAACACCAACAUAUUGGGUUGUUUUAACCCGAGACAAUGGGUACAUGGAAAUUUAUACCUUACCUGAUUUUAUAAUAAAAUAUCGAGCAGCCAACGUUGAUGAAUCUCCUAUGGUUCUUAAAGACAGUUUAGAAGAAGGUUGUUAUUUUCCUAAAAAAACUGAAAUCAUAAAAGAAAUUUUGUUAGUCCCACUAGGAUACCAAGACAAAAGACCUAUUUUGUUUGUUAGAUUAGAUAAUGAGGUGGUUAUUUAUGGUAUACAUCGACAUCCAGAAGGUACAUUAAAGAUGCGUUUUCAUAAAAUGACUUCAUUGCUAACAUUUCAGUCAAGAUCGGGUAAUCUCCUGGAAGGAACUUCAUUGCUUCGUUAUUUCAGUAAAGUUGCUGGUCACAAUGGUGUUUUUAUCUGUGGACAAAAUCCUCAUUUAAUUUUACUCACUGUACGAGGCGAACUACGGUGUCAUCCAUUACACAUAGAUGGACCAAUUAUUUGUUUUGCUCCUUUUCAUAAUGUUAAUUGUUCUCAAGGUUUUCUGUACUUCAAUUCCGAUCACAAGUUAAGAAUUUCUAUUUUGCCUACACAUUUAUCAUAUGAUGAACCUUGGCCAUUAAGAAAGGUUCCACUUCGUAAGACACCACAUUUCAUAGCUUACCACUUGGAAACAAAGACAUAUUGUGUGGUGACUUCAUCAUCUGAAUUAUCUGCAGCAUAUUAUCGAUUUAAUGGCGAAGACAAAGAACUGACUACUGAAGAACGGGAUCCUCUGUUUCCGUUACCCAGUCAUGAAGUGUUUACGUUGGAACUGUUUUCUCCUGCUUCUUGGGAACCGAUACCAGAUACAAGCAUUGAGACUGAAGAUUGGGAACAUAUUACUUGUUUGAAAAAUGUCGCUUUGGCAUAUGAAGGAGCUCGUAGUGGUCUCAAGGGUUAUAUAGCAAUGGGUACUAAUUACAGUUAUUCAGAAGAUAUCACAAGUAGAGGACGUAUAUUUUUAUUUGAUAUUAUUGAUGUUGUCCCAGAGCCUGGUAAGCCAUUAACAAAAAAUAAAAUAAAAAUGAUAUAUGCUAAAGAGCAAAAAGGUCCUGUAACAGCUAUUACCCAUGUAGUUGGGUUUUUAGUGACUGCUGUAGGACAGAAAAUUUAUAUUUGGCAGCUCAAAGAUAAUGAUUUAAUUGGCAUAGCAUUUAUAGACACUGAAGUCUAUGUCCAUCAGAUGUUAAGCAUUAAAAGUUUAAUAUUAGUUGCUGAUCUCUUCAAGUCUAUUACACUCCUGCGAUUCCAGGAAGAAUACCGUACACUGUCUUUAGUAUGCCGUGAUUCAAAACCAUUGGAGGUAUUUGAUAUUAAUUUUCUUAUUGACAACGCUGAACUUGGUUUCUUGGCUUCGGAUAGAGAUCAAAAUUUGCUCCUGUACCUUUACCAACCAAUGGCUCGUGAAAGUUAUGGUGGCCAACAUUUAAUACGCCGUGGUGAUUUCAAUAUAGGGUCUAAUGUAAAUUCAUUCUUCAGACUUCGCUGUAAACAAUCCACACUUCCACCUGAACGACGAGAGGCUAUUGGCUCUAAUAGACGACACGUGACCAUGUAUACCACCUUGGACGGUUCAAUUGGGUAUAUUGUACCUAUACAUGAAAAAAAUUAUAGAAGGCUAUUAACAUUGCAAAACAUGUUAGUGCGGAAUAUAUCACAUCUAGCUGGAUUAAACCCAAAAGCUUACCGUAGUUUUAAAGCAACUGCUCCUGAGAGAAUGAAUCAAGCCAGGAGAGUAAUUGAUGGUGAGCUUGUAUGGAUGUAUGUGACAUGUAUGAAUGCUAGACAACGCAAUGAAAUUGCCAACAAAGUCGGUGUAAAGACAAUAGAGUUGUUACAAGACAUUUAUGAACUAGACCGGACCACUUGGCAUUUUUAAUGCCUGGAUUUUUGUGUUGAAAAUAAGUUCCUAAUAUGUCUAACUGCAACGUAACAAUAUUUUGUUGUAGACCAUCAAAUUUGUGUUCUAGAACAGGGUGUUAUUUAAAAAAAAAUUAAAAACCUAUCAUUGGAUUUUUAAUUUUACGAUAGGUAUAUUAUACCUAGAAAAGUAUUUUAUCACUGGCAUGAAAUAAAUUACUGAUAUAUUAUGUGUAAAAAAUUGUUAUGUAUUAAUUCUAGUUUUGUAUAAAAGAAAAAAAAACUUUUUUUUUCAUGUGUGUACCUUUGUAUAUAUAUUUUUUCUACUUAAAAAUUGUAUUUCUUUUGUAUAUUUUUUUCAGAAGCAGAUUAUUUUAAUGAUUGUUUUGAGAUCAUUCUUGUAACCAGAGUUGAACUAUUAUUAUUUUAUUGAUUAUUGUGCGUCUAAGAUUAUAGUAUAUAGUUUAUUUAAUGCCUACUUAUAGAUCUACUAAACCUAGUACUGUAAUAUUUAAAAGGGCUGACCUAUUUAUAAGUGCACAAUUAUUAGGGGUCUAGUAUGUGUAUAUAGUUUAUUUAAUGUAAUAAUCCUUACGUAUAACUUUCUAUGAAUACUAAAUAGUGUUGUAAUAUUCAAGAAGUACGUACUUGCCCGUUUCAGCGUAUACAAUUUUUAGGGAUUUUAAGAGAGUAUUAAGUGUUUAAUAAUAAAAUAUUUUGACCUAAAAAACUUUCAUUUUUACAAUGAUAACAAAAUCAUAAAUAGUAAAACUUUGUUUUAUUACUAAAUUACUUAAUGCCUAUAUUUUAUUAUUUAAUAUAAACCUUUAAUUUUUUUU